AUGAGAGCGCCGCAGUUAACUGGUUUAAUAUCAGCUGGCGUUCUUCCAGAAGUUACUCAUACUACUGCUUUAGUAAAAGCAAUUCUUCCAGAAAAUGGUCCUUUUUACAUAUGCACUCGCAAAGCAGCAGAUGACGGCUUUACUCCUUUCAUACACCAAGGAUCUGACCCUUGGCUUUUAAUUGAUACUUACACUCGUCCAAUUCCUUUAUGGGCUUCCAUACUGGUUAUUUUGGUGUGUCUAUUUUUUUCCGCAUUAUUUUCUGGCCUAAAUCUUGGAUUGAUGGCCUUAGAUCGAACUGAAUUGAAGAUCUUGUGUAAUACUGGGCAAGAGGCUGAACGACGUCAUGCUAGGGUAAUUCAGCCUGUGAGGGACCAUGGAAUUUUGUUGUGUAGUAUAUUGUUAGGAAAUGUUCUGGUGAACUCAACGUUUACUAUUUUACUUGAUGAUCUCACUUCAGGAUUAGUUGCAGUUAUAUUUUCAACUUUGGCUAUAGUCGUUUUUGGAGAAAUCACUCCGCAGGCAAUUUGUUCCCGGCAUGGUUUAGAAGUUGGAGCAAGAACAAUAUAUAUUACAAAGGCUGUGAUGGUUUUAACAUUCCCUUUAUCUUAUCCAACUUCAAAGUUGCUGGAUUGUUUACUUGGCGAAGAAAUCGGAAAUGUUUAUAACAGAGAACGUCUAAAAGAAUUAGUCAAGGUGACAACUGACGUAAAUGAUUUGGACAAGGACGAAGUAAAUAUUAUAUCUGGAGCGUUAGAAUUGCGCAAGAAAACAGUAUCGGAAGUAAUGACUCGAAUUGAGGACGUGUUUAUGUUGGAUUAUGAAUCAAUCCUUGAUUUUGAAACUGUAUCUGAAAUUAUGAAAUCAGGUUAUUCGCGUAUUCCCGUAUAUGAAGGCAAUCGCGGCAAUAUUGUAACAAUGUUGUAUAUUAAGGAUUUGGCUUUUGUGGAUCCUGAUGAUAAUACUCCUUUAAAAACUCUUUGCCAGUUUUAUCAAAAUUCUUGCAAUUUCGUCUUUGAUGAUGUCACACUGGAUGUUAUGUUCAAACAAUUUAAAGAAGGAAAUAAGGGACAUAUGGCUUUUGUACAUCGCGUCAAUAAUACUGGAGAAGGCGAUCCAUUUUAUGAAACCAUUGGUUUGGUAACAUUAGAAGAUGUCAUAGAAGAAUUGAUACAAGCGGAAAUCAUGGACGAAACGGAUGUUUAUACCGAUAACAGAUCCAAGCGCCGAAGGCACAAUCACAAAAUAACCAAACAAGAUUUUACUGGAUUUGCGGAACGACGUGACAAUCACAGGAUUCAUAUUUCGCCUCAGUUAACUUUGGCUAUGUUCCAGUUUCUCACUUCCACUAUCGACGCUUUUAAGUCUGACCAAGUGUCGGAAACUAUAUUGCGGAGACUUCUCAAACAAGACAUCAUUCAUCACAUCAAAAUUCGAAACAAGGAAAAAAAUGAUGAUGGAAUGGUUAUCUACGAAGAAGGAAAACCGAUGGAUCAUUUUGUACUUAUAUUAGAGGGUCGUGUUGAGGUAACUGUCGGAAAAGAAAAUUUAGUCUUUGAGAGUGGUCCAUUUACUUAUUUUGGUCUUCAAGCGAUUACACAAAAUAUUGGAGUUGCCGAUUCUGUAAAAGGAUCUAUGCAAUCGUUAAAUAUAGAUGGUAUAUUAAAAAACAGUUUUAUACCAGACUAUACAGUACGGGCUGUGACUGACUUGGUUUAUAUUUCUAUAAAGAAACCUUUAUAUUUGGCCGCCAGAAAGGCUACACUUUUGGAGCGCGCUCAGCGAGAUAAUAGCGCCAAUGAUCAAGAUGUGGACCAUGAAGUGGAAAAGUUGUUGCAUUCGCUGGAUGAAGAAGACACGAACAUGACAAAUGUCGAAAUAGAAACUAAUCACAAGUCAAACUCCAAAAAUUUCUAUGGCAAUCAAAAUUCUAUAAUGGUGUUACCGAGUAUAUUAGAACCACCAAAAGAAUGUCAUGAAAACACAGCUUUGCUUCAUGAUACGAUUAAUUCAUUAUGACACACGGUGUCUCAUGCUAUCUGAUAGCAUUACUUAAAAUAGUGCACUUAUUAUUACUUAAGAUGUCUAGCUUUAAUCGUUUACUUAUUUUUAAUGAAGUACUUAUGUUAAUUUAAAGUUUUUAGUGCUUUGUUGACUAUAUAUAUAUAUACAAAUGUUCCAGUUUUCAUUACAAAUUUUAUAUAUUUAUGAAUUUUAAUA